AUGUGCUCCAAGGGACAGAAAACUGAGAAGAAACUCCUUGCGAGCUCUACGGAACGACUCGCACAGCAAGGCGCACGAGCGGCUCGAGGUACACGAGCAGUGAACGCAGGAAAAUAUGCAUCGGGUGGCAACCAACACAGCCAGAGCUGGAGUUUUAUGUCACGCAUGCGCUCAUUUCUUCGUUUGGGAGCCCCUUCCGUAAGAAACCGAGAUUCGAAUUCUAAGAGCGCAUGCGCUGGAACCUGCUUUGAAUACGACAGAAACAAUCGAGGCAUGGAAACCAAAGGCGCCGAGAAUCUCCGAAAAACAGUCCCACAAACCUCAACAGAGAGUUUGGGAAACCCGCAAAUUUCCCUGAAACAGAAAAUAACGGAUCCAGGGAAUGUUCGCGGAAGUGACAGUGAGCAGCAGGCGCGCUCGGGCACUAUUAAGAAUCUCGACGCUCCCGUGGCCGAGACUGCUCCAACUUCUGAGGUGCAAUGUGGCAGCCGGGAAGACGAUUUGUGCCGAAGUCGUCAUUGCCCCGGAUCAGACUCAUAUCCAGCAGAAUUUUUCCCCGCAAGUAGUCUAUGGCCUGAUAGAGACGAUGAUCAAUCCAAGCAAGCGACCUCCCUGCGCUCCACACAAUUGCUCGAGGAACCACAUAAGAGAGACUCUAAUCCCAGCACGGGAACUCCGCUUUUACCUCCUCAGAAAGAUAUCCACAGGGGCUUGAAGACUCUGGUUUUAGAUCUCGACGAGACCCUUGUUCACUCUGGCUUCGACAAAAUUGACAGGCCUGACUAUGUACUUCAAAUUGAGGUUAACGGCAUUCUUCGAACACUCUACGUGAAGAAACGUCCCGGCUGUGAUCGGUUUCUGCGAGAAAUGGCAGACUAUUUCGAAAUCGUGGUGUUUACUGCGUCCCUAGCGAAGUAUGCGGAUGCGGUUUGUGAUCUGCUGAAUCAGUCUGUAGGCCGGGACGUAAUAUCGUACCGCUUGUUUCGAGACUCCUGCGAAUUCGACGUUGACGCCCUCUGUUUUGUGAAAAAUUUGCACUAUCUUGGUCGAGAUAUUCGAAAAAUAGUGAUUGUUGAUAAUUCGCCGAGUGCCUACUUGAAAAACGCUGAGAAUGCGAUUCCUGUUGUCUCGUGGUUUAACGAUGAAUCCGAUAACACACUCGAAGCGCUCAUACCGCUCCUCCAAGAAAUUGCUGCUGCAGACGACGUGCGAGAUGCUAUCCAGAAAUCCCCAAUCGUUCAGAAACUUCGUGAGAACUUCGGCAGUAUCGCAGGCGAGACGAGUUACGCGCAGUAA